CAGGUCGACAGCCUUGCAGCGCACCUCAGUGGCCAGCCCAUCGCGCUGUAGCAGAAAAUCUCCGUGUCUCAGCUUGUCUCGGGACGGCAGGGCCCCCGCUACCUCGUAGUCAUCGAGCGUCCUCUGUUCCUCGCAUCAUUUCCUUUCACUUCUUCGGUGCGACAGCUCGUCCUCAGGACUACUCAUAGAUAAAGAUGUCCUCUCGUCUACCAUAUGGCAUCCGCACUCAGAGCGGUGCUGCCUCGUUCAAGCGCGAGGUGGAACAGUCUCUAGCGCCCUGGCGGGAGAUGAUCGCUAGAGAUGACGCCCGCGUCGUACGUUCCAUCCACUGUCCUCAAGUGCCCAAUGCAGCGGAUGGAUUCUCGCCCAUUGUGCUGUACCAGAUUGCUGUGAGAGACACGGGCAAGGUGGUACAGGUAUCCAUCCAGGGCAAGCACAACCCGCUGCCCAACCCUGUCAGCGCUUGGAACGAGACACGAGCUCAGAGCAGGAAGAGAAAAGGCGACGGUGCCUCUUCGGCUGCUAGUGGCAGUCGCUCUGCGGGGGCUGGACGAAGCAGGACGGACUCUUCCGAGGGAAAGAUGGCCGCCGCAAAGAGGAGAUUGCAGAUGAUCAACGACGAGGAAGACGCUCGUGAGGCUGAAGCGUGUCACGACGAGAAUGCAGAUGGCCGCCCCGAGCUCAGACAAGAUGACGAGUGCGAUGAAGAGGAGUUGAGCCAGCGCAAAAGGGUGGCAUUGCAAGGGGCCUACGCAAAAGAGGGCCAGCCAUACGCCGACGACCAGCAGUACUACGAUGGAUACGACUAUGACGAAGCUGCACAAGCUGAAGAGGAGGACAUCCCUGCAGAUGUGAUUGCGCACGUCUCUUUGCACCCGCCGACACCUCAGAAGAAGCCCUCGAAGCCCUCAUCGCGUCUCCCUGGCCCUCCUCGAUAUUCGGCUCGGAGGUCCACCUCCCUAGCUGCGCAGGGGCUUGCACCACAGUACGGUCUCAACGACCUCCGCGAACCUGACGGAUCCAUCCGCUACUUUCCCUCGACAGCGGCAAACAGCGAAGCGGGAGAGUCGUGCGGUGGCGAGACUGUCUACAGCAAUGUCACCUACACCCAGCAGAAUCCCCAGCAACGGGGUCUUCGUAGGUCCAGCCGGCUCGCCUCUCUCCCUCCUGGAAGCCUCGACGAGGAAGGUCGUCACCAUCAGGAGCAAGUACGGGCAACUGCUCACCGUCUCGCUGAAGUUGAACUGCAUCCUUUGGUCGAAAUGCAAGAGCAGCAGCAAAAUGGCAUAGAUGCGGAGGAGAAUGAAGACGUAGACAUGUCUUCAAUGAUCCUCGAUUAUGAAGAUGAAGAGGAGACUCGUCUUGCCCAUGAGCAGAUGAGAAGAGAGGGGCAGCGCCGCAUCCUUACUGAGCAGGAGGUCGCUCGACGCUGUCCACCUCUUUACACGUAGACGUCGAGGUGUGUCUCGAAGGGCUGGCCCUCCACACUCUCGACAUCAGACGUCUUGGUCGCGUCGUUCAUCUGCUUCUUCAAGUCCGGCUCUGUCUCUGCCUGUCUCAUGCAAACAAGGAUCAGCAUCUCCCUUACGCCCCGUUUUCUUCCCAACUGAACAAAGGAUCUCAAAGAUUGUG